CAUUCGUCCCAAAGUUCUUUCAGACAUGGUGCAGGAGGAACUCAUUUUGGUGAAUUUCUGGUCAAGCCCCUUUGGGUGCAGAGUCAAAAUUGCUUUGGAAGAGAAGGGGAUUCCUUACGAAUACAAAGAAGAGGAUCUGUUCAACAAAUCCCCUCUUCUCUCUACAAUCAAUCCUGUUUAUAACAAAGUUCCAGUACUCGUUCAUAAUGGAAAAUCCGUAUGUGAAUCACUAAACAUAGUGGAGUACAUCGACGAGGUUUGGAGCGAUCGAUCAACUUCGUUCCUUCCUUCCGAUCCAUAUGAGAGAUCACAAGCUCGAUUUUGGGCUGAUUUCAUCGACAAAGAGCUAUAUGAAGCAAGCAAGAAGAUAUAUAGAUGCAAAGGGGAAGAACAAGAGAGUGGCAAGAAAGAUGUGCUAAGAAUCUUGAAAUUAGUCGAAGGGGAACUUGGAAACAAACCCUUUUUUGGUGGUGACAAUUUAGGGUUCGUUGAUAUAUCACUUAUACCAUUUUAUAGUAGAUUUUAUACAUGGGAAACUUUUGGUAAAUUUAGCAUUGAAGAAGAGUGUCCGAUUUUAGUUUCAUGGGCCAAAAGGUGUUCGGAAAAGGAAAGUGUAGCAAAGUCUCUUGUUGAUCCAAUCAAGAUUUACGACUUCAUUUUGUAUCUCAAUAAUUAUCUCACAAAGUAAAUGUUUGGUGGUUUUUGUGUAUGUUUUUAGUAACAAUUGUUCAGAAUACAUGAAUAAAGAAUGAUCGUUUGAUGUAAAAAAAAAUGUUAACUUUAUGGCAUUAUAUAUUGAAUAAUGGUGUUAAAAAGUA